UCAAUUUCUACUGUCCAUUUGAGCUCUUUGAGAAUUUUGUUUCUUUUUCUCUUGUUUAAUUGUUACAAUUUAAAUGUUUAAUUGUGAUUAUUGGGUCUCUUUUAGCAAUCAUCUUAAAUUACCUGAUCUUAUUAAUCUAAAAAGACUUUUGCCAAAUUCUAAAUUAUCUUAUUGUCAUUGUGAUACAAAAUUAUUCUAUCACUGCUGCUACUGCAGCUUCCACACACCAACAUAGUCUUACUUUCACUUCUCUCUUUUUCUCUUUCUUUCUAUUUUAUUUUCUACUCUCUUUAGUGUUAAUUCUCUUUCUUCCUUCUCUUUCUUUUUUCUUGUCUCUCUCUCUCUCUUUCUUUCUAUUUUUCCCUUUGGUUUACACUCUCCUUUAACUUCUCUCUUUGGACCUUUUUACUUUUUUUCUUCUAUUGCUCUCUCUCUCUCUUUCUCUUGAUUUCUCUCUGUUUCAUCUUAUUGCUUCUUCUCCCAACUUGCUGUUUUAUUUUCUAUUCUGUUCUGGUUCAAAGUUUAAGGCUGGGAACACGAGAUGGAAACAAGAAUUCAAACUAAUUCCAAUAGAUUCCCUUUACUCAAUUUAAAUCCGAUUGAAUGUAAAGAGGAUAUUGACGAACGUUUUGAAAAAUCUUAUAUAAUUCUGCAAGAUUUAAUCAAAGGAUCUUCAGAAUCAGAAGCUCAUGAUACAUUAAUGGCAACGGUCUCCAAAAGCACACAAGAUCAUGAUAAUGUUUGUCUCGGACUAUUGACCAGUAUUCUUGUUGAUCCUACAAAUGCUUCUAGAUAUUAUCGAGAUUUAACUUAUGUUUCCAGAGAUGGAAUGAAUCUUGUGAUAACCUUUUUAAAUCAUAUUAUCUUAGAGAGAUACCCAAAGCUACACGACGUUAGCCGUGGUCAGUUAAUUUGGGUUCUUAGGGAGCUGAUUAAAAACUCAAUUACAGCCUGUGAAACUAUUGCUAUAGCUUUACUUCGUCAAAUAGCUGGUGGUGAUAUUUCAAUUAAAAAUUUAUGGUUAACCGAGAAAAUGUUGGACCUUUUAAUAGACAAUCGUGCUUGGCUUGAUAAAAAUAGUCUACUAAUAGCCAUAUCAGUUUACACCUAUUUAAGAUUAAUUGUUGACCAUGGAUCACCCAAUUUAACCCUAAUCCGUCAAAAAGAAAUCGAUUUGUGUAGCUCUUUAUUGAAAGAGAAAUUUACUGAUUGCCUGGUCAUCGGUCGAGAUUUAGUUCGUUUACUUCAAAAUGUUGCCCGAAUACCCGAGUUUGAGAAAAUAUGGAAAGACAUUUUCACCAAUCCAACCUCAUUAUCUCCCAAUUUUCAAGGAGUCUUGCAACUUAUGCAAGCUCGAACGUCCAGAAGAUUUCUUCAAUGUCGAUUAACUCCUGAUAUGGAGAAGAAAAUUGUUUAUAUUACCUCUCUUGUUAAAUUUGGCCAACAAAGGCGAUACCAGGAAUGGUUUCAACGUCAAUAUUUAUCUACACCCGAAAGUCAAUCUCUUCGCUGUGAUUUAAUUCGUUACAUUUGUGGUGUUAUUCAUCCCUCAAAUGAAGUUCUCUGCUCUGAAAUCAUUCCUAGAUGGGCAAUCAUCGGUUGGAUUCUUUCCUCAUGUACCUCAAAUGUUGCUGCAGCUAAUGCCAAACUCUCCCUUUUCUAUGAUUGGCUUUUUUACGACAAAGAAAAAGAUAAUAUCAUGAACAUAGAACCAGCCAUUUUGGUCAUGUUCCAUUCAAUGAGAAAUCAUUCGGUGAUCACUGUUGGUUUAUUGGACUUUCUAUGUCGAAUUGUAACUCAAUUUUGUCCCAGUUUAGCGACACAAGUGAAACAAGGAGUUAGCACAUCAUUAUCACAGAUUUUAGAAAAAGAAUCAUUAUCAUCACUAUUUGAAAGUCCCAAAUUGGAUCCUGAGCUUCGUUCAUUAAUAAGAGAAACUUUUCCAGAAUUUUGUAGCUCAGUUAACGAUAUAAACGUUAUUCAUAAUUCUAUUCCUGGAACAGUUGAAACUAUUCCAAUUCGUGAUAAUGUUGAAAUAAUUCUUGACUCACCUAAAACAAAUAACCAUAAUAAUGAUAUCGAUAUUUCAGAGAAUAGGUUCAGUGAUGAUGAAAGUGAUAUCAGUUCAAAUUCUAAUGGGGGAUCAGCUCCUCACCAAGACAAUUUAGAUAAAAAAUUGAUUACUGAUAACUCAAUAAACGAGGAAAGUGUAAAUUGUACAGAUAAGAAAACGUUAAAUGGACCAGUAGCCUUUUCUAGGAAUACAUUUGAUACAAAUCUUUCUCGUUUAAACGGUGAAUUAAGGUCUACAGUAUUAGCUCUUGAAGAGUCAAAAGAUAAUGAAACUCGAUGUGAAUUGAUGGAAAAAAUUUUACAACUAAUUCUACAAGAUGAUGAAUUUGGUGAUGAUUCAACUUUACCUGAUUGUAUUUUAUAUGCUCUACGUGAUGAGUUAGCCAAAUCAAUAUUUCCCGAUUGUCCCGAUGAAGAAGCUCUUGAAGAGUCGAUUGGGUCACCCUUAUUUGUUAUUUUUCGCAAUUUAUGUCAAACACCGGAAGAAAAUCCUAACAGAGUUCCUAUACUUUCCCUUCUCAAUGAGAUGUCAUCAAGUCAACCCUCAAUUGGUUAUUUACUUUUAUAUUAUAUGAAGGUUAGCAAAAGUUACGAUGGAAAGGUAUCACCUUAUCGAGAUUUUGCCAAAUCUCUAGGUAAAGAUUUAAAAAACUGCCUUCUCAUCGAUCUAAAAGCUUGCGCAGACUAUGAUGAUAUUAACUUAUUUUGCUACCUGAUACCCGAUAUAUUCAAUCAUUUUCCAAUGAUUGCCAAUAAUCCAGAUCUAUUACAUCUUAUUGUUUCCUGUAUUGAUUCAAGUCAAUUACAAGAACUGGUUUGUCUUAUUUUACAAGGAAGCUUGAAAAUGUUUCGUAAAGAUGGUCUCCUAUCUCUUUUAAAUGCUAGUCUUGAAUGGGAAACUUUCGAGCAAUUUUGUCUUUGGCAACUUUUUGUUGCUCAUUCAAUGCCUGUUGAAUAUAUACUUCCUAUCCUUCCGAAAUUGGAAUUUCAAAAACAUUCUGAAGCUCUCACCAACAUAUUAUUACUCAUUAAAAGGGAAGAACCAAGUCAGGAGCUUUUAAAACAUAUAAUUAGCCGUGAUGCCCGGGAAAAGGAUCAUUUUGUUGUAUCUUUGUUAAAAUAUUGGACCAGUACUAGUUACAUGGAGGAAUUAGCCAAAUUAUUAGGCACACAAUUAAAUAAACAAAACGUAACGAAACGUAAAAGGCCUGCAAAUAACAAAGUCUCUUUACCAACUAGUGCAGAACAAAUUUUAAUUUAUUUAGAUCAAUUAAGGCAAACAAAUAUGAAUAGUAAAUUUUUUACCCACGAAUCAAUCCAAAAAGCUUUAAUAUCUACACAAGAGAUUUGUAGUGAUACUCAAAAAACAAGGUUUAGUGAUCUUUUCGCACUAAUAGAUGACCACGAUUCUAAACCGAAAAGAGGGAAAACAUCAAAUAAAAGAACAAAACACAAAAAAGUUACAGAUACUGAAAGUGAAACAGAAGCAUCUGAGGAGGAAACAACACCAGUUAAGAAAGAAAAUAAGUCAUCGACUCCCAGAAAGAAAAGGAAAACCAUAGUAGCUUCUGAUUCUGAUUAGUAUCCAAACAAUCAGAUACGUUUUUUUUUCUUCUCUAUCUUCACAAAUCAUCUCAAUACAAUUUCAUCUUUAUAUAUGUGUAUAACAAUCAACAAUCAAAACAAAAACCGUUGUCCUCAUCUCUGUCAAUUGUCCCCCUUCUCCCAUCAGAUCAACAAAAACUACACCACCAUCACCACCCAAUCCAUUUAUAUAAAAUUUUGUUUCCAAAUGAAAGAAAAAAUUUGUCAACCCAUCAAAUCAAAUUCACCAACCAUGACAUUGUAAAUACCUAUGCAAUCGCCUCUCAUUGUUUACAUAAAUGUUAACAAAUCAUCAACUCUCUAAAUUUAAUAAA